AAAUUAAUGAUUAUUGCGUACGAAAUCAAAAGAGACUUCGGUAAAAGUAAACGAUAGGAUAAAAAUGGAAGAAGGUAUAUCUGUUAAAAACGAAGAAAAGAAUUUUGAUAUAAAACAAGAGAAACAAGAAAACUUGGAGAAUUUUAAAUGUGAAUUCGAUUCUGGAAGUCAAGACAGUAGUAAAAGUGGCAGCGGUGGAUAUCAACGAUGGGCGCCCAAUUUAAACGGAGUUAGAAAAAGUGCAUUUACGCCAUACAAAUCAGUGCAGUGUACAGCAUUAACAAAUUUACAAAGAGGUAAUACGCAGGCGCGGGUUCCUGAGCUGCCUCAGCCCGAUUGUAGCUUUCACGCGAAGGCAGGUCGCGGUGAAAUAACCCGUGACGACGUGAAACUGGAGCAAUAUGUUGAUAUUACUGAUGAGCAUGGCCUUACUGCCCUGCACUGGGCAGCAAGUUAUGGACAAUUAAACAGUUGCCAGGACCUUGUUUGGUGCGGGGCCAAUGUUAACAUGCGGGGCCCAGAGGGCGAGACAGCUCUUCACCUGGCGGCGGCGGGUGGUCACCAUGAGGUUGUGAAAUUCCUAUUGAAUGAAGGUGCCGAUGCAGACAUACAAGAUGAUUCUGGUAGCACAGCCCUUAUGUACGCUGCGGCGGCAGAUUUCCCCUACACCUGUAAUGAGCUCCUCAUUAGAGGCGCUGAUCUCACACUCACCAAUGAUUAUGAUCAAGAUGCUUACACUCUGACUACUACGAAUAACUGCAAGUUAGCACAAACUGUGAUAGAAAACUUCUUGAUUGGCUGCCUCAGCAAAGUGUGAAGAAAUAACAAUAGCAAUGUUCUGUUUGCUUUGGAUCACCUACACAGCCGAUUCAUUUGCUUACAGUGAAGUUAAAGAAAAUACAGGGAUUUAGUUUAUAACAAAUAAUAUAUUUAUUAUUAUAUAAUUUUAAGUUCAACAUAUACAAACAUGUGAUGUGACAUUAUAAAUGACUCAAUAGACAGACAAUAUAAAAAUUAUCCUUAAACCU